ACCGCAUUGCUGGCCAGUGGCCACUAAUUCAUACUUUGAGGUACGGCGAUUGUAUAUGCCAGGAUAUAUAUGACUGCAUGUGCUGAGGACAUGCGGUUUCCUUUUUCUCCUUCUCCUUCUCGUCUCCGCGUGUCUUGAGCUCAAAGUCCCAACGAGCCGGUUCACAGAUCGAUCGUUGUGCUUGAUCAAUCUCAAGCAACCAUGGCGAACGCUCCUCCCCUCAGCCAGGCUACGGGCUAUGGCAUCGUCGUUGGCCUCGGGUUCCUCUUCGCCUUCGGCAUGAUGCUGACGACCUUCGUCCUCAAACGCUACAACAACGAACUCCAAACUUCCGAAGUCUUCAGCACCGCCGGACGAACCGUGAAGUCCGGUCUUGUCUCUUCCGCCGUCGUGUCUUCCUGGACCUGGGCGGCCACUCUAUUGCAGAGCUCCAGCGUGGCGUACAACUACGGCGUCUCAGGCAAGUUCAUUUCAUCUCCUGUUGUCGGUCCAUUUUGGUAUGCGAGUGGAGCGACGGUGCAGGUGAUUUUGUUUGCCACGUUGGCGAUCGAGUUGAAGCGAAAGGCACCAAAUGCUCAUACUUUCUUGGAAGUCAUUCGAGCGAGAUAUGGAGCUGUUACUCAUGGCGUGUACAUCGUCUUUGGACUUAUGACCAACAUUCUGGUAACGGCUAUGCUGCUGACUGGAGGCUCCGCUGUGGUCACCUCUCUAUGCGGCGUGCCAACAGCCGCCGCCUGCUUCUUGCUGCCAAUCGGUGUGGUGCUCUACACCAUGUUUGGAGGAAUUAAGGCUACCUUCUUGACCGACUACGUUCACACCGUUGUCAUCCUGGUCAUCAUCUUCAUCUUCGCGUUCACGGCGUACGCUACGAACAACAUCCUUGGCAGUCCAGGUGCUGUCUACGAUGCCCUGGUCGCUGCCUCUGAGCGCCACCCAGUCGAGGGCAACGCGGGCGGCAGCUAUCUGACCAUGAGGAGCAAGGAGGGCGCUAUCUUCUUUGUCAUCAACAUCGUAGGCAACUUCGGCACCGUUUUCAUGGACAAUGGUUACUACAACAAGGCUAUCGCUGCCUCCCCAGUCCACGCCCUCCCUGGAUACAUUGCUGGUGGUCUAUCCUGGUUUGCCAUUCCUUGGCUCUGCGCUACGACCAUGGGCCUCUCCGCGCUGGCCCUUGAGAACAAUCCCGUCUUCCCAUCCUAUCCCAACCGCAUGGACCCGGCCGAUGUCUCCGCCGGUCUUGUCCUCCCCGAUGCUGCCGUCGCGCUCCUCGGCAAAGGAGGCGCCAUCGCCACUCUCCUGUUGAUCUUCAUGGCCGUCACAUCCGCCAUGUCCGCCGAACUCAUCGCCGUGUCGUCCAUCUGGACCUACGACAUCUACGCCACGUACAUCAACCCUGCCGCUUCCGGGAAGAAGUUGAUCUACAUGUCUCACACGUCCUGCGUCGUCUAUGCGACUUGCAUGGCGGCAUUCAGCACGGGUCUGCAUUACGCUGGCAUCUCCAUGGGCUACCUCUACCUCCUCAUGGGAGUCAUCAUAUCCGGCGCGGUCUUGCCAGCUUCAUUGACGCUGCUGUGGUCCCGCCAGUCUUGGGCGGCCGCUACAUUCGCUCCUCCGCUCGCACUGUGCUGCUCUCUUAUCGCAUGGCUGGUGACUGCCAAGUCGCAGUACGGCGAUCUCUCCGUUGCGUCGACUGGGUCCAACAACCCCAUGUUGGCCGGCAAUGUAGUCUCGCUACUGGCUCCAGUCAUCUUCAUCCCAGUCCUCACGCUUGCCUUCAAGACGCAGAAGUACGACUGGAUGUCCAUGAAAGCGAUCCGCAAAGGCGACGACUCGGAUCUCGUGGCAGACGCGGAUGUGGAUGUUGAGCUGGUUCCUGGACAGACGAGUCGGAGUGUGCAAGAGGAAGAAGCGGAGCAGAGGAAACUCCAGCGCGCGGCGAAGAUUGCGAGGACGCUGACGGUUGCCAUGACGCUCAUCCUGCUUGUGCUGUGGCCGAUGCCGCUGUACGGCAGCGGAUACAUUUUCAGCAAGAAAUUCUUUACGGGUUGGGUGGCGGUUGGUAUCCUCUGGCUGUUCUGCUCGGCGAUGUGUGUGGGAGUCUAUCCACUGUGGGAAGGCCGACGGACGAGUGCGAGGACGUGCAAGUCGAUUUUCUUGGAUGUCACGGGGAGGGGUAGACCGGCUGUGCAUCAUGGUCGGCCGAGUGUUGUUCAGAGCGAGGAGGAGGAGAAGAGCGAAGGAGGAGAGAAGAGUGGUCCGUCGCCGGAGGUGGAGGUGAGAUGA